AGAACCCUGAUUCGCUGUAAACGGAAGUGGUCUGGAGCGGUCAUAUCCGCUUAAAUCUCCGCGCAGAUCGGUUCUGUAAUUGUUGCCCGCCCUGCGCGAGAGUUUGGAUUCUAACACUGAGAGCCGGUGGGCGGAAGUCGCAGGGGCCCUGCGUGUCCUGUGCAGAGUUCUGCGGUGCGGUGAGAGGUUCUGAGGGUGCCCCGAGCUUCGCAUCACUGUAGAUCCUCAGUGCCCAUGACACACACGGCACCCUCACCGUGGAAAGGAAACAACUUAAGUUAAUUCCUCAUCUUCUCACAAGUCAAAGGUACAGCAGCUGUGGUGAUGGCCUGUCUGCUCAGCUGCUCUCCUGGUAACCUCUAGACCCUCACUCAGCUUUCGGUUCCUGAGAAAAUUGGAUCUGCCAGCAAAGAGGCAAGAGAGGAAACAUACCUGUUGACAUGAAUUUGUCCCAGAAGCCCCAGAGGGUGCACCCACAGGAGCAGGAUGGGUCAUGUGAGAGAUUGGUGUCCUUUGAGGAUGUGACUGUGGACUUUAGCCAGGAGGAGUGGCGGCGCCUGGACCCUGCCCAGAGACGCCUGUACCAGGAGGUGAUGCUGGAGAUCUACAGCCACCUCUUGUCAGUGGGCUACCCUAUUCCCAGCCCUGGGGCCAUCUUCAGGAUAAAGAAAAGAAAGAAGACACAGACAGGAGAGGCUAAGUUCCCACAUCAUCAGUGUUGGUGUCAAGAAGUGGAAUCAGAGUUUUACACUCCCCGACAGAAAGCUUCCGAGAAUGCAGCAUUUCAAACCAGAAAGGCGAGUGCACUCUCAGGUCAUGGUUUGUGGUGCUCUAUUUUAGAAGUACUGUGGCAAGACCCCGACCUUACAAAAAGAGAUGGACAAAGCCAGAUCCCACCCUGGAGUCCUGGUGCUUUCCUCAACAAGAAAACACAGAACACAGACAGAGACUGUGGUUGUAAAGAGCCCGGAAAAACCACCCCCUUGGUAUCUAACCUUAUUUCUACACAAAAGGGAGCUCCAAAGUCACUUGCGAAACAUUUGAAGCGCAACCUUGAAGCAAAUGGUGAAGAACAAGGCAACGUCACAAAGCAGCUUAAUGACAUUGUUACGUUGGGUCGACUCUGCACGCAAGACACUAACUGUACAGUUCCUCACGAAGGGCCGUGCGAAGGUGACCAGUGCAGAAAAGUUCCCAUCCACAAACAACCACUUGCAGAGAAAGAAGUCCAUUCUCACGAGAAGCCAGAUGAAGGCACGGGACGUGGAAGGACCGACGAUGCGUCUGCUUUCUGUCAACAUCAGACAGCUCACACCGGAGAAGGACCUCUUGUCUGUCACAAGUGUGAGGAAGUCUUCCUCCAGAAGACAGAGUUUGCCUCCCAUCAAGAAACUCACCCAGAGAAACCUUAUGAGUGUCCCGACUGUGGGAAAUCAUUUAGCCGAACAUCCAACCUGCAGGUCCAUCAUCGAAUUCACACUGGAGAGAAACCUUACGAAUGCCGGGACUGUGGCAAAUCAUUCAACAACACUUCCCAGCUGAAGGUACAUUAUCGAAUACACACAGGGGAGAGACCUUACGUGUGUCCCGUGUGUGGGAAGGCCUUCAAGCAGAAAUCAAUCCUCAGCACCCAUGAGACGAUUCACACUGGGGAGAAGCCUUACAAAUGUACCGUUUGUGGGAAACUGUUCAGCUGUACGUCCCGACUGAAGGUGCAUUAUCAGAUUCAUAUGAAGGAGAAGCCUUACGAAUGUGGUGACUGCGGGAAGGCCUUCAAGCGAAAGUCAAGCCUCACCGUUCACCAGAAGAUCCACAGCAGACAAACACGCCAUGCGUGCAGCGAGUGCGGGAAAGAGUUCAGCCAGAAGUCAGAGCUCAGCACGCACCAGAGACUUCACCUGGGGAAGAAUUCUCACAAAUGCGCCGACUGCGGGAAGGCGUUUACUUACGCAUCCCAACUGAAGAUGCACCAUCGAGUUCACACGGGGGAGAAGCCCUACAAGUGCCGGGACUGUGGCAAGUCCUUUACGUACUCAUUCACCCUGAAUGUGCAUCGCCGGAUUCACAAGGUGGAGAAGCCUCACAAGUGCAGCGUCUGCGGGAAAGCCUUGGCUUCUAAGUACCAGCUGGAAGAACAUGAGCGGAUCCACACAGGGGAGAAGCCUUACGUAUGUACUGAAUGUGGAAAAGGCUUCCAUGGUAGGUCAGGUUUCCUACGGCAUCAGAUAACUCACACUAGGGAUAAACCUUUUGUCUGUCAUAAAUGUGGGAAGGCCUUCUUUCAGAGGUCACAGUUGACAUCUCAUCAGCAAACUCACACGGGAGAGAAGCCAUAUCCGUGUCGUUACUGUGGGAAAUCAUUCAGCCACACAUCCCAGCUGACAGUCCAUCAUCGAAUCCACACUGGGGAGAGACCUUACAAAUGCAACUACUGUGGGAAGUCGUUCAGUAAUUCCUCCCAACUGAAAGAGCAUCUACGAAUUCAUACUGGGGAGACACCUUACGCAUGUUCCGAAUGUGGGAAGGCCUUCAGCCGAAGAUCAUCCCUCAAUUUACACACGAAAAUUCACACUGGAGAAAAACACCAUAUUUGUAGCGAGUGUGGGAAAGCCUUCAGUCAGAAGUCAGUACUGCGAACACAUCAGAGAAUACACACUGGGGAAAAGCCUUACAAAUGCGGUGACUGUGGGAAAGCCCUAGCUUCAAAGGGCCAGCUUCGAGAUCAUCAGCGGAUUCACACGGGCGAGAAGCCCUAUGUGUGCCCCGAAUGUGGGAAGGGCUUCUUCGGCAGGUCGUCUUUGCACAGACAUCAGAUGACUCACACUAAGGAGAGACCUUUUGUCUGUCAAAAAUGUGGGAAGACCUUCAUCCAGAAGUCAGCACUGACAUCCCAUCAGCAAAUUCACACAGGCGAGAAACCCUACGUGUGCCCCGAGUGUGGGAAGGGCUUCUACAAUAAGUCGUCUUUACCUCGACAUCAGAUGACUCACACGAAGGGGAGAUCUUUUGUCUGUCAAAAAUGUGGGAAGGCCUUCCUCCAGAAGUCUGUGUUGAAAUGCCAUCAGCGGACCCACACUUGCAAGAAGCCUUAGGAAAGCCAUAGGAAAUUGUCCCAUAAUAUAACCCACCCUAGACCCAUCGUCAUUCCUACACAGGAAUGUAGAGGGGAUGAGAACUCGCCCUGCAGUGCAUCCCAACUGGAGGUGCAGCACUGGAUUUAGACUGUGUUCUGAUACUACUGUGUUCUGAGUGUUGAAAGGCUUUUAACAGUGUGUCAGAUUAUAAUAAAUGCCAAGCACCUCAUACCAGACGCAGUUCUUUCAGGCUUGGUUUUUGUGUGACGCACGUUUCCUCAUAGUCAGUCUGUAAACACAUUCCUAACUGAGGUAUGGUCUUUAAAUUACUUGAAGAGAAUGUUUUAAAGGAACUUUCUGUAUGUUGUGGCUUCUGUACUUUAAAAUAUCUAGAUAUGCACUCCUUGUUGAUAAACACAUUAUUCAUAAGAGACAUUCGUAAUAUGAUUUCAGAUUUCAUCCUAGGAGGAAACCCUAAAGCAACGGGAUGAGAAACACUUCUCUAUAGAAAAUGGCAAAAGACACAUUUGUUACCAGACUAUAGGAAAGUUUUGGGGAUUUUUGUAUCAACAAUAUUCCUAUUUAUUGUGGGAUAAUGUUUCUAUAAUGCAAGAAAGGAAAUAAGACAGUGUUCUCUGUCAAAGUGUCUCUAAUAUGUAUGUCUGAUUGCACACUUUUUGUUUAUAUGACAUCAGUUCGUACGUAUGUACUACCUCAGAUUUGUGGGGUUUGCACAGAAUUUAUUGCCUAGAAGGAGUUUCUUUUUAAAAAAUCUAAGUUGUGUUGACAGUCUGUCCCCUAGUCACACCAACUUGAGGCUGCACUAUCAAUAAUUAGGAAUCUUUUUAUCAUAUAAAAGGAACUUUUGAGAUAAAUCCAUAAGUGAAAUUCUAUAGCAUUCACUGUUCCUUAUAACUUUUCUCUUUCAUGUUAGCUCCUCUAACCUUUUUUCCACAGGUCCCAUCUGUAGUGAACUACAUAGGCAGACCCAACCACUCACUACAGAAUCAUUGGAGACUACUUCUUCAUAGUUUUCUAUCAGCUUCUAAUACACAUAAGAUAAUAAAUAGUGGGGUGUGUGUGUGUGUGUGUGUGUGUGUGUGUGUGUGUGUGUGCAUGAGUGCCACGGCACAUGUGUGAAAGUCAGAGAACUAUUUGUAGGAGUUUGUUUUUUGUUAACAACAUUCAGGUCCCAGGAAUUGAGCUUGACAUGUGCCAUUAACCGCUGAGCCUGUUGUUGUUGGUUUUUUGUUUUUUGGGGUUUUUUGUUUGUUUGUUUUGGUUUUGGUUUGGUUUGGUUUUGGUUUUUUGGUUUUAUUUUUUUUUUUCCUUGAAACAGGGUCUCACUACGUAACCUUGGCUGACCUGCAGCUUACCAGGCUGGUCUUGAACUCACAGAGACCCAUCUGCCUUUGUCUUCUAUGUGCUGAGACUAAAGACAUAUGCCACCACGCCUGCCUUGAUGUUUUAAAUAAAGUUUUAUGCGGCACAGCUA